AUGUCGUUUUCCUUUUUUCUUCUGGGACUCUACUUUUCUUCCGUCGGCGCGAAUCUCUCAUGCGCAAAAAUUGUAAGAUUUAAGCUUCAUUUUUUUUGUUUCAGAGGAUUUGUUUUCUCCGGUUUGCAGAGAGGUGCAAAUGGAAAGAGCAUCGGUCUAGAUCGACACCUACAAGUUGGCGACAAGUUGAUCUUCACCGGCACAGUCAAUCCUAAUGCAGGAGUGUCAGUUUUUUAUUUCGCAAAUGUUCAUCCGAAACCAUCAAUGCUAUACUUUUGGUUUCCGAUGUUGUCAGUCGUACAAACAUUUUUUUAAUUGUUAUUUAUUCCGUACCCACUGAACAAAAUAGAAUGGCUUCAAGGAAAAUUAAAAUAAUAAAUAGUCAAGUUAAAUAAUAUAGUUCAACGUAAAUAGUUUUUGAGAAGUUUGAUGAAGUUUCGGCUUUGGAAAGUCAUAAGAACUUCAAAAAACCAUCUGUAUAAAUCAAUAAAUGAAAACGAGCUCAGACUUAUCAGCCUGUUUCGAAUCGCAGCGAUUAUGCGGAGAAUAUCCUUAGAACCUCAGGUUGAAUGUUUUCGGCAUCGAGUCUCUUGGAAUACUCAUGGAAUACUUUCAAAGCCUUCUCACAAGAAGAUAACUGUAUCCUCUUUGUUUCAAGUCCGGUCAGAAAGACUGCAGCUUCUUUCAUAGGCGAAUCGAGAAAGGCUAACGUGAGACUACCUCAUCGUAAGGUCCGAAGUGUAACGAUGAUACCAUGGGCAUACCUCUGAGGACUUUGAGCAAGAUAGGCUUGAGGUAGACUCACAAAGACCUCCGAUGUGGCUCAGAUAGCUCUAAAUGGUAUCACGCUGGAGGUCUCAUGAUGUUAUGGAAAAUUCACGAUUCAUUGUGAGAGGUAUAUUUGUGGGAAAAUUAUGGUAUCCACCGGUGAAUUAUUUCUUCGACUCACUUUUCAAAAAACUUUUUGUGCAUAGUUUGCCGUCCACUAGCCUUUUUGCAGAGCAUUCUUCAACUUGGACUCAGCGGAAGGGAAAAUCUCUCUUCAUAUGAAGUUCUUUUUCUCGAACAAGACGGUCGUUCUCAACUCGUUCUUGGUGAGGCUUUUGUUUAUAAUCAACUGACUCUGAUCUUCAAUAGGACCACUGGGGCACGCCGAUUAGAAGGAAGCACUUUUUAGCACGAAACGAACCCUUUGUGGUCCAAAUUGAGUAAUAUGAACGGUUUUAUUUGAAAGUUUCCAUUUUAUUUUUCAGUGUCGAAAGCGACAGCUAUAUAAUAUUUCUUUCUGGAAAAUACUUCUACAAAUACCGUCAUCGGAAUCCAAAUUACACGACGGUCAGGGCGAUCAGAACAUUGGGCGACAUCUUUGUGAAAGAGAUAGAACUGUGAGCUAAAAAGAGUUUCAUUUCUUUCAAUAGUAGUAAAGAUAAAAUUAGUUUGGAGAUUAAUAUUCCAUUUUACAAAAUUCUUUUCGUUUUUCCAACCAACCUUUCAAUUGGAAAAGUUUUGUACGUUUGAAGUAUAUCGAACCUAUUUCUAUAAUAAAAUUACUUUAAAUACUGCUUACGAUUUAUGUAUAAGGUAUUUAUGUUUUUAAAAAAAACCUCAUCGAAACGUUCUAUUCCGAAGUCCUUAAAAAGGGAAGAAAAACGAGAAAAAAAGCUGCGAAAUUGGAAAAAAAUUUCCUUUCAACUGAUCUACCUUUUUUCCAUGUGGAAGUUCUAACUAUCUACAGGUUGUACAACUUUAUUUUUUCACAGAAAAUGCGCUGCAACCUCUCAAGUCCUUAACAACGCUCGUCUUCCCGCUCAGACUUCCUCGACGACGACCUUCACCUCGAAAACGACUACGACUUCCCCGACCACUUCCACCAGCAAGACUCCUCCUCCAACUUCAACAACUAAGAACGCGCCAGUGCGCCAAGACGCGGAGAUCAUGGUCUCUGCGGCAGACGUUGAGAGACUCCAAACCAUCAUUUUCGUGGACAAUAAGGAGGACAACUGUAAGUUGGAGACCUUUCAGAACUUCCAAAUCCAAUUUUCAGCGACCUUUUACCUGGACGAACAGGACUGUCCGCCUGAAGACGUCUAG